UCUGCCGGCGUGAGCGAAGCGCCUCGUGCGUCUCCUGGCCUUCAGUCGCAUUCGAGUCGUUUUCAGUGUCGCCAGUUUUACCAGUUUGUUCAUAAAUUCAUCGUCAUGUCUGGAAACGAGAUUGUCCCCGGACAGUUCGACGAUGCAGAGGAAGAGGACAGAGACGAGACUGGAUUGGUACUGGCGGCGUUGGAGUCACUAAUUGGCAAAGUGGACUUGACCGUGCCGGAUGGAAGAUGUAGGUACUCCAGUGAAGACGACGAAGAUGUGGAUGAAGAUGAUGAGUGGGAUUGGAAUGAGUCCGGAGGAGAUUUUACCAAACGCUACACAGCCGUCCGGUCCGGAACCAGUCAGCAGUCAAAUAGACAGAAUCCUAGCGGCAAAAGUCUGAAGAUGUCAACCCCCACUGACAAGGCACUAAGAAAGUUUGAACACAAAAUUAAUCUAGACAAACUCAAUUACGCCGAUUCUGUUAUCAACAAAGUGACCGAGAUGCAGAGACAAAGAGAUGCAGACACGCAUCGAGUUAAAGACAAAUCGGACAGAGCUACAGUCGAACAGGUCUUGGACCCAAGAACUCGAAUGAUUCUCUUCAAGAUGCUGAGCAGAGGAGUUAUAUCUGAGAUCAAUGGCUGUAUCAGCACAGGCAAAGAGGCAAAUGUUUACCAUGCAACCACCCCCUACGGAGAGAGCAGAGCCAUUAAGAUCUACAAAACCUCCAUCCUGCUGUUUAAAGACCGAGACAAAUAUGUCAGUGGGGAGUUCAGAUUCCGCCAUGGGUACUGCAAAGGAAAUCCCAGGAAGAUGGUGCGCACCUGGGCAGAGAAGGAGAUGCGAAACUUGAUCAGGCUGCAAACUGCGCAGAUCCCCAGCCCAGAGCCCAUCAUGCUGCGCAGCCACGUCCUCGUCAUGGGCUUCAUCGGCAAGAAUGAAACACCAGCUCCUCUCUUGAAGAACACACCUCUCUCAGAGUCCAAGGCCCGGGAACUAUACCUGCAGGUCAUCCAGAACAUGAGGAGGAUGUAUCAGGAGGCACGGCUGGUGCAUGCAGACCUCAGCGAGUUCAAUAUGCUUUAUCACAACGGUGACGCCUACAUCAUCGAUGUGUCGCAGUCUGUGGAGCACGACCACCCUCACGCUCUCGAGUUCCUACGAAAGGACUGCAGUAACAUUAACGAUUUCUUCCUGAAGCAUAAGGUGGCAGUGAUGACUGUUCGGGAGCUGUUUGAGUUUGUCACCGACCCCUCCAUCACCAGUGACAACAUUGACAGCUACAUGGAAAAGGCAAUGCAGAUCGCAGCUGACAGAACAGUGGAGGAGAGAUCCAAUCAGGACAAGGUGGAUGAGGAGGUUUUCAAAAAAGCCUACAUUCCCCGCACACUGACAGAGGUGAGCAACUAUGAGCGGGAUGUGGAAGAUAUGAUGAAGAUGAGGGAGGAGGAGUCUUCGCUCAACGUCCAGAAUGACAACAUCCUGUACCAGACGGUGACGGGGCUGCGGAAGGACCUAUCUGGAGUGCAGACGGUGCCUUCUCUCCUGGAGGACUCCAGCAAGGAUGGGAGCUCCAGUUCGGAGGAAGAUGACAGUGAAGGAUCUGGGACGGAGGAGUCGACCCCCAGGAGGGAGAAGAACGAGGAGCCACAGAUGGACAGGAAGGAAAGAAAGAAACUCACAAAGGAGGCCCAGAGAGAGAAGAGGAGAAACAAGACGCCGAAGCAUGUAAAGAAGCGCAAAGAGAAGGUGGCCAAAAUGAAGAAGGGCCGAUAGUGGCACAUCAAGCCAAAGUGUGCCUGGGAUCACAGUGUUAAGACUGCGUCAAGACCACCUAUGUAGACUGUGUGGGUCACCUUUUCUCACUUCAUGGACUGGUAUAAGUAACAGUAAAUACAUGUAAUAAAAGUAUUUGUAAAUGCCUAUAAAACAAACCCAAAAAUUUAACCUGGAGUUACAUUCCUUUCUCAU